AUUAAAAAUAUUGUGAGCAUGUGGGUGCACACAGGUGAAGCAAACAAUAGAUUUCAAUAUAUUUAAAGUUUAUAUUAAUCUACAAACAAAAAAAAAAACACCUCGCUUUUUUUUUUUUAACAGAAAUGACAAUCCAAGUUGCGAGACAGUCAAAAGAAAAUAAACAGUUCAAACAGGAUUUAAAAAAAAAAGAAGCAACAAUGUAAACUAACUGGACAAUUAACUGCGUCCAGUCAGUGAAUUGGCUUCCGAAUGUCCUCUAGCAACGGGUUGUUUCAGUCACCUAGUCUGGGGAAAAAGCAAGCGCCGUCUGUCUCCUCUUGUCUGUGUAUAACUCAAAUGGUCACGAUGAACUGCUGUUUCCAGACUACUCAAAAGCCACUACACUGCGCAGGAAAGUGCUUUCACAAAUCCAGACGUCUUUACACCAAGAUGGAAUACAGAAUGUUUUACGAUAUCCAGCUCGACUUAGAAUUAUACACAAGGGGGUGCAAACUCUGUGCAACACACCAGAGGAAGCUCGAGCGAAGCGUCGUCCCUCUCUAUAACCUAAAUAUCUAUGUAUGGUGUUUUCUACAGCUGCUCUUUUCAUUUUGCCACUGUGUAAAUUUGACUACACAGUGGUCAGUGGAUUAAUACGUUUCUGUUUUGUUUUGAAUUCCUCUCUCCGCUGUGUUGGUUUCGUUGGCCCUCUAGUGCUUGAUCCCGAGUAUAUAAAGUUGAAUCUAUGAGCACUGUUUUACAAUACAGGAUCUAUUACUGGCCUUUUUUUUCUUCACCAGGCAAACUUGAACUUCCUAUUUACCUGAUGAUCUUGAUUCUUAACCAGAUUCCAGUCCAGCAUCAAAAAAUGAAUUUCUCCUCUUCUACCACCCCCUUCCUCUCCCUCCACCCUCCACCUCCUUCCUCCUCCCCUGGCCUCUCUCAAAUCCUGAGCACUGUCUGCCUGACCUUGGCAUUUAUUCUGGGUUUCCCAGGGAACUUGUUUGUGAUGUGGACAGUGUUGUGUCGUGUGGAUCGGCGCUCCGUCACCUGCCUGCUGGUCUUGAAUCUGGCAACAGCGGACGCCCUGGUUCUGCUCAGCACUCCCUUCUUCAUACGUUCUGCCACCCGGGGCCAAGGAUGGGAGUUUGGGCUGGCCUUCUGCAAGCUGGUUCAUUACCUCUGCAGUGUCAACAUGUACGCAUCUACCUUCCUCAUCACCGCCAUGAGCCUCGACCGUUUCCUGGCCGUGUCCCGUCCCUUCCUGUCACAGCAGCUGCGCACCAAGAGGGCUCUCCUCAAGACUCUGCUGGUCAUCUGGAGCCUGGCAUUCCUCUUCGCGAUUCCCAUGCUCUUCUACCGCCAGGUUUUCUCAAAAGGAGAAUUGUUUUACUGUUUACCGUGCCACAAUGAUCCAAAGCACUUGGUUUUGCAAUACCUGUUGGAGACCAUCGCUGGGUUCCUGAUUCCCUUUUCCAUUAUCCUCUUCUGCUCUUUAUACAUUUUCUGGAAAUUGAGAAGCGUGUUUGAGAACAAAAGCAAACAGAUUAUCCUUCCCAUUGUGGUCGCUUUCUCUGUCUUCUGGAUGCCCUACCACAUUGUGAACCUCAUCCAGGUUUCGGAUGCUUUAGCUGGGGAAGAAUCACUCAACAAGGCCUUCCUGGAUGUGGUGCACACCACCAAAUCCACCCUGACGGCCUUUGCCUUCUUUAGCAACAGCAUCAACCCCAUUCUCUACAUCUUUGCCGGGAGCUCUUACAUCCAAAGCGACGGAAUCAAUUUCAUCGCUGUCAUGUUGGAGAAAACCAAUUCCUAAAUGCUGGGAUCAAGGACUUUUCCCCAAUCAAGCAAAGCAAAUGCAAGACGGACUGAAUCCUUAGGCUUAGGAAAUUCAUCAGAAAAUAAAACUCUUUCCAUGUCAACUUGACGCAAUCCAAUGUCUACCAGUAGAGCUUGGUUGGAAGUUCUACUGAUAGAAACUCAGACCUUGGCUAUAAUAUAUGAAGGGCUUCUUUUUAGCUAUUUUUGAGUUUUAUGUAAAUCGUUUUUUUUUUUUUUUUUUUUUACAAUGUUACCUGUAAAAUAAUAAUUUCUGGUAUCAACUCCAACUGGGAUCUCUGCUGGCAGAAUUACAAUGUAUGGAAAGUAUGAACUCAUAUUUUUUGGUGAUACGUUUUUAAUGGGAUUAGUUAAAAAUUAUAUAAAUACAUGUAUGGCAAGUAUUGGGGUGUGUAGAUCAUAUAGUCUUUGUAUUUACAAAUAUAUUGCAAAUGUCGUGGAUAUUUUAAUUUUAACAGAAUUGAAUUAAAUCUUUAAACUAAUUUGUCUAACUUUGCCUAGCGAUAAUGAUCAAUCUAACACCUGAAUGCAUCAGGCACUCAGGAAACAAAAGGCUGAUCAAACCCAUCUCUGCAAUUGAAUUACCCAGUCUAGUGAGAAAAGGAUGGUUUAACACAAGCCUGAAAGAAAGAGAAAAAUGACUUUAAAUUAGCUUAAAGAUUUAGAGAUUGAAGACAAAUGUCACAUUGUAUUGAUUUAAAACCACUACUAAAUCUGAAUUAUUUAGCAAAAGUUAUGCACGUUUUAAAAGAUCAGACAAAAGGGGGAGAGAUCAAUCAAGAUUGCAAGCCCAUUCAGGCACAAACUAGCCAAUCGGAGCAUGUGGCAGGAAAUUCAAACCAUCUCUUUUUUUAAGUAUAGACGCUGACUGUAAACAUUAGCUCCUUGGUUCUCUGAUUGCUCCCUGAUCUCCUGACUGCCCCACAGAUCUCCUGAUCUCCUCUGAUCCCUGCUCGCUCACGUGGAGUCCUCAGCUCUCAGUAUCUAUCUAUCCAUCUAGGUCAGGGGCCCUGACACUCAGAGAAACACAAGGUAGCAGAACGCUGAAUGUGACUGCUUUCCAAGCUAGGUAACAAUACUCUUAAAUAUCUAUUCAGGUAUUGUGCGAUCCCUUGUUGUAAUGUCAGUAAGUACUAAUAUUUCUUUGGUGAAUUGUCAUUUAAAUCCUUAGUUCUCAUUGUAAUGCUUUUAAUGCGAUAUUAAUUGUGU